GGGCGGGGGUACGGCUCGCUGGCUCGCAAGAUGGCGGACGAGGACGGGGAAGGGAUUCACCCCUCAGCCCCUCACAGGAACGGAGGUGGCGGCGGCGGUGGGGGUUCUGGGCUCCACUGCACCGGGAACGGCGGCGGGGGAGGCGGCGGCCCGCGGGUCGUGCGCAUCGUCAAGUCCGAGUCCGGCUACGGCUUCAACGUGCGGGGCCAAGUGAGCGAGGGCGGGCAACUGCGGAGCAUCAACGGCGAGCUGUACGCGCCGCUGCAGCAUGUGAGCGCCGUGCUGCCCGGGGGGGCGGCCGAUCGGGCCGGGGUGCGCAAGGGGGACCGCAUCCUGGAGGUGAACGGCGUGAAUGUUGAGGGGGCGACACACAAGCAGGUGGUGGACCUGAUCCGAGCAGGCGAGAAGGAGUUGAUCUUGACAGUGUUGUCCGUGCCUCCUCACGAGGCCGAUAACCUAGACCCCGGUGACGACUCGUUGGGACAGUCCUUUUAUGAUUACACAGAAAAGCAAGCAGUGCCCAUAUCGGUCCCCACAUACAAACAUGUGGAGCAGAAUGGUGAGAAGUUUGUGGUAUACAAUGUUUACAUGGCAGGGAGGCAGCUGUGUUCUAAGCGGUACCGGGAAUUUGCCAUCCUCCACCAGAACUUGAAGAGAGAGUUUGCCAACUUUGCGUUUCCUCGACUUCCCGGGAAGUGGCCAUUCUCGUUGUCAGAACAGCAGUUAGAUGCGCGACGUCGGGGCUUGGAAGAAUAUCUAGAAAAAGUGUGUUCGAUACGAGUCAUUGGUGAGAGCGACAUCAUGCAGGAAUUUCUAUCGGAAUCAGAUGAGAACUACAACGGUGUGUCCGACGUGGAGCUGAGAGUAGCAUUGCCAGAUGGAACAACAGUGACAGUCAGGGUGAAAAAGAACAGUACUACAGACCAGGUGUAUCAGGCUAUUGCAGCAAAGGUUGGCAUGGACAGUACCACAGUGAAUUACUUUGCCUUAUUUGAAGUGAUCAAUCAUUCCUUUGUACGCAAGCUGGCACCUAAUGAGUUUCCUCAUAAGCUUUACGUCCAGAACUAUACAUCAGCUGUGCCAGGCACCUGCCUGACCAUUCGCAAGUGGCUUUUCACGACAGAAGAAGAGAUCCUCUUAAAUGACAACGACCUUGCUGUUACAUACUUCUUUCAUCAGGCUGUCGAUGAUGUGAAGAAAGGUUACAUCAAAGCAGAGGAAAAGUCCUACCAGUUACAGAAGCUAUAUGAACAAAGGAAAAUGGUCAUGUACCUCAACAUGCUAAGGACUUGUGAGGGCUACAAUGAGAUCAUCUUCCCCCACUGUGCCUGCGACUCGAGGAGGAAGGGGCACGUCAUCACAGCCAUCAGCAUCACGCACUUUAAGCUGCACGCCUGCACCGAGGAGGGGCAGCUGGAGAACCAGGUCAUAGCAUUCGAAUGGGAUGAGAUGCAGCGGUGGGAUACGGAUGAAGAAGGAAUGGCCUUCUGCUUCGAAUAUGCACGAGGAGAGAAGAAACCCCGAUGGGUUAAGAUCUUCACGCCAUAUUUCAAUUACAUGCAUGAGUGCUUUGAGAGGGUGUUCUGCGAGCUCAAGUGGAGGAAGGAGAACAUUUUCCAGAUGGCGAGGUCACAGCAGAGGGAUGUGGCCACCUAGCCUCUCCUUAUCCCCUCCCCUUCCCUUCGCUCUUACCCCACCAUCUCCCAAGGCAGACAGAGUAACCAUUAACACAAAAGAAGAGAAAUAGGAAAGAAGUCAUUACGUUGCAAAGCCCUCCACUAAAUAUCAUUAAUACCCCCCCUCCCGAAUCUCCGUCUUUGGAAGUGAGCUGGUAGAGAGCAGCAGGUUGGUCAGUACCAGGAGUCCACUGAGUGCAGACAGGAAAGGCAAGAAGCCCAGCCGACUCGCCACAGGUGCCCUUCCUUCCACCUGGGCUCACACCGACAGCCUCUCCUUGUACUAUAUUUUUAAAACUGGAACUAUGAACUUCAUCCAUUUGCACUGUUCAGACAUAUAUAUGUAUGUAUGUAAAAAUUAUAUAUACAUAAAUUAGCUGCACGUAUAUACAUAUAUAUAUUUCUUUUUAAAUUUCAUAUUGAUGGCAGUACCUUUUUUAGCUUGUGUUUUUACACACCUCUCACUAGGAUUCAUGACCUCUCUCUCUCUCUUGCUCUCUCUUUAUUUUGAAACAAACUUUAAAAAGAAAAAAAAAAUUUACAGGGAAAAAUACCUCUCCUCACGAAGGACUCGAAUCGUUUACAACCUACCGGGGUCUCCCCGCCGUUCUCUGCACCGAGCGCACGCAGAUUCUGGCCCUUGGGUUGCCGCCGAGUCUGAGGAGCAAGGGGUGCUGGGGAGGAGAGAGGUGCCUCUCGGGCAGCUGGGCCUCAGGUGGCAGGGAGGCUGUGCACGCUCGUCAUCUCCAGAUCCCUCGGCCGCUUCCUGGGCCACCUCUCUCCCGCCUCGGGGCUCUCCAGCAGCCUCUCAGAGGCCCCUGGGCCGCCCCUUAGCCGGCCCAGCCUGGAGUGGAGGCGUGCUCAGGAGGCCAGUGCCUCGGCCCGGAGGCGAUUUCCCACUCCCCUGCCUUUUCUGCGGCAGGGGUGCUGUUAGGGCCCGGAGUUGCCGCUGAUACCUUGGGCACAAAGGUUGGACUUACACAGGGUAAAGGAAGGCAGGCCCAUGUACAGAAGGUUUUACUUAGCCCAUUCCUGACCAGUAACCACCUGUAACUAUUCCAUUUUUGUGACUUCCAGAGACAGCAGUGUUGAGGAGGGAUCUGAUAAUAUCUUCAAGGCCUUAGGAAACUUGGAGUGAGUCCAUGUUCUGUGCCAAACAAACCGUAGCCCCAUCCAAGGCAGCGGAGGACCCAGGAGGGAACAGUGGGAACAUGGUUGAUGUAGGGCGGUCUCCAACUUUUAACUACAAGGAGACUGAAGGAAAACCUUCAGGGCCCUCAGAGAGCUUCUCCCUUCUCAUCUGACCUUGCAGCCCGGCCUCUGAGCCCUGAGAAGCAGAGGCCGCCGCCCGCUGGGCGAGGGCAGCACCCCGCCCCUGAGUACUGCGGGCUGCACAGGGAGCACUAAGCCAGGCUCGGGUGCAGCUGAAACACACCUUUGGCCCUUGGCCUUUCCCCUUCUCUGCCUUCUAUAAAGAAUCCUCACCCGACCCGGGCGGCAUCUUUUGCCUUGUGUAACUGGAGGGCAGUCGUGGUUGUAGUCCACUCUGUAGAGCAGCGCUGGGGUGGGGGUGGGGGUGGGGGUUGAAGUUUGCAUUUUGUGACCUGCUUGUGCACAUCGUCAUGAGGCCAGGUUUCUGUCGCCUGCACUGGCCCCAGGGAAGCUCAGGCUCACGGGGAACAUCCUCCCCCGCUCCCCUUCUGCAGAGAGCGAGGCAUCAGAGUGCUGAGUGUUAAGAGUUGCCAUGAGACUAUUUGAAGACUUCGACACAGAAUCAAUUCUUUCUUUUGGCUUAAAUGAAUUUAAUAAUGAGCCAACGGACCCUGAAAAGAAGAUUAUAUUGAUUUCCCACUCCGAGAUGCUAAAGAGGCUUUGGGCACCAGCUCUGUGGAAACCGUAAAGUCGCAGCAGUUAAGCCCCCGACUCCUCGUUGGCGGGAGAGGAUCGAACAAACCUGAGUCCACGUGACUGCCGGAUGCUGGCCUCGGGGCGGGGCGGGGUGGGGGGCGCAGGUAGCUGGCCUUUUGGCAGAUUCUGUUUAGGAACAGCAGGUACCUGAGGCUGUCCCACCUACAAAGCUCCCAGCUGCAGUAAGGAAGUGGGAAGCAGGGGGCCCCUAAGGGGCGGCCCCUUCUCUUCUACCCGCAACAAGCAUCCCAGGGGUCUUCGCAGCUGUGGCCAUCCGUGGGGUGCAGCCCCCUUUGCAUGAAGCAGUGCUCCGUGUGGUUCACCCCUCCAGCACCCCCCCUCCCCCCCCCCCCC